GGAUUGCCAUUUGGGACCAGGCAAGGGAAUGUGAAGCUGUGUCCGUGGAGGAAAGACGUUACAUCAGAGUAAUCGUGGCAAAGCUUCUACAGAUGGCAGAUUGCACAGUAGCUCCUGUAGCAAUGGAGGACAGUGACCAUGAAGCAGACUCUCCAUCUGAUGACCAGGACUCCAAUCCAGCAUCCCCUGAGCCCAGGGAGGUUGAGGCUGAUCAGAACUCCAGCCACUCCAAGGACGACUCUGAGGACUCGGAGCUGGAGAAUAUUAUGGGACAUCAUCCCCCAAGAGAGGGCCACCCAUUUCCUCACCACGGGCAGCCCGGGGUGGACAGUGAGAGCGAGGGUCACGAAAGUCCCCGUACCCCAGGAACGCCCACCUUUUUGAGGCCUCCUGCUGGGCGCAAGGCCCCGAAGGAGUUAGAGCACGACCCUAGACAUGCCGUUCAGCGGGGCCUUGUGGACUAUAACCUACAGUCACCCAUCAGCCCUUCCAGGCCCAAGAGUCCCUGGGGUCGCUUUGACCCCUACGACUCCUCUGAGGACCAAGAUAAAGAGUAUGUGGGUUUCGCCACUUUGCCAAAUCAGGUGCACCGCAAAUCUGUGAAAAAGGGCUUCGACUUCACUCUCAUGGUAGCAGGAGAGUCAGGCUUGGGAAAGUCCACUCUGGUUAACAGCCUCUUCCUCACAGACCUCUAUAAAGACAGAAAACUGCUGAAUGCUGAAGAGAGAAUCACCCAAACAGUGGAGAUCACCAAGCAUACAGUGGACAUUGAGGAGAAAGGCGUGAAGCUGAAGCUCACCAUUGUGGACACACCAGGCUUUGGGGAUGCGGUCAAUAACACUGAAUGCUGGAAGUCUGUGGCAGACUACAUUGACCAGCAGUUUGAACAGUACUUCAGAGAUGAGAGUGGCCUGAACCGCAAAAACAUCCAGGAUAACCGUGUGCACUGCUGCCUGUACUUCAUUUCCCCCUUCGGUCAUGGUCUCAGGCCUUUAGAUGUUGAGUUCAUGAAAGCUCUACAUGAGAAGGUCAACAUUGUUCCAGUUCUGGCCAAAGCAGACACGCUUACUCCCAGUGAGGUCAAGAAAAAGAAAAUCAAGAUUCGAGAGGAGAUCGAGCAGUACGGCAUUAAAAUCUACCAGUUUCCUGACUGUGAUUCAGACGAGGACGAGGAUUUCAAACAGCAAGACCAUGAAUUAAAGGAGAGCAUCCCGUUUGCAGUGAUCGGCAGCAACACAGUAGUGGAAGCAAAGGGCAAGAGGGUCCGGGGCCGCCUCUAUCCAUGGGGCAUUGUAGAGGUGGAGAACUCUGCACACUGUGACUUUGUGAAGCUGAGGAACAUGCUGGUACGCACACACAUGCAGGACCUGAAGGACGUAACAAGGGAAACUCAUUACGAGAACUACAGAGCCCACUGCAUCCAGAGCAUGACCCGCAUGGUGGUGAAAGAGCGAAACCGCAACAAACUAACCAGGGAAAGUGGUACAGACUUCCCCAUCCCCAUGGUGCCGACAGUAACGGACUCAGAGACAGAAAAACUCAUCCGAGAGAAAGACGAAGAGUUGCGACGGAUGCAGGAGAUGCUGCAGAAGAUCCAGGAGCAGAUGCACACUCAAAAAGAAGCGUAUUAACCACUUUUCCCUCUACAUGCCUGAGACAUUGCCCACCCACUCGGCAUCUCUUCCAGCCUUGCUCCCUUUUGCUCUAACCACAGCUGCACAAAAUGUUCUUCCAAAUCCACGUCUGAAGUCCACUUUAUCUAGUGGGGCUGGAGCUCCCACUAGGUGUCAUUAGGUGCCAUCACUCCAGAUGUGUUACAGGCACGGCAGCAGGUAACACACAAACGACUAGACCUAGACACAGCUGUUGUGAUUGUUGUAGUUUGAAAAUGUCAUCGUGAAUGUGUUUACAUGCUUUUAUAAAAGCCAUUCAUAAUCAGAUUACUGCAGAUAUCUGAAUAUUUUGAGAAAUUGAAGAUUUCUCAGAUCAGAGGAAAAAAUACAAAUCUGAUUAAGAAAUCAGAUAAAAAAGUAAGCUCUCAGUACAUGCUUAUCCAGAGUAUUCUUGGAUUUCUCAGACCGUGACAUAAUGUUUGGGUUGGUUACAUCCGAUUAUAUUAUUGCCUGACUGAGAUUUCCCAAGAUCUGAUUACCCAAACGCAUGUAAACACUUCGAUUGGAUUACUGGCAAACCCCAGUGUUCUGAACUGAUCAGAUUUGAUUAGAGGUGCACAUAAAUGCACUAAUCAUUUGUAAAUCAUUUUCAGCUUGUUUUGAAGGAACAUUCCAGCAUUUCUCAACCUGAUCUCUGACCCUGUUUACAUCUGGUCUCUUAUUGUGUAUUAUAUGUGGAUAAGACCAAGCCACAUAAAAAAGAAAAAAAAAUCAUGUAUUGCAGGUAUACUGAGACACAUUAGAGCCACGCUAUGUUGUGCUAUAGCAGUGUAAACAUGAAAUAUAUGAAUUAAGACAAAUAUGAUUGUUUAAAAAGAAGCUGAGUAUUUUUAUCUGAACUAUACAAUGUAAAUAAACUAUAUUUACAUGGAAUGCAGUAUAUUCCUAAUUAACCUGUGCACAAACACAAAACGAAUUUGAGUUGAUUAAGUAGGGAUAUAGAGCAGGGCUGCAAAGAUUAGUCAAUUUAAUCGACAAUGUUGAUUAUUUAAAUUUGUUGACUACAAAUUUUAUUGUCAACUAAUUGUUAAUUUAUAACAGUACCACAUUAUACAAAGUGCUCGGGAUAGAAGUGCAAUGGGAGCUGGCUUAAUAAUUCACUUACACAUUCAACUUAGUCUGUGUCUCCAAAAUUGCCAACAGAUUACAUAUUUAAUCACUAAAUAUCAGUACUUUUAUCAUGUACAUCCACAUUUAAUUAACAUCCAGACAUUUACCGGUAAAUGCAUUUUUAAUUUCAUUUUCUACUGUUUCUAUCAUUUUAAGAGAUGAAGGACACUAAUAAAAAAUAAAUAAUAUUUUAUUCGAUAACCAAAAUGAUCAUUAGUUGCAGUCCUAAUAUAGAUUCCCUUCAGGAAUCACUAUGAUCAAUUUAUGAUCAAUCAAAUACUCAACUACUGCUUUCCAAUAACAAAAAGCUGAUGUUUUAGCUUUAAUCAGUACUUCAAUAAUUAGCUUUUACUAAUAUAAUAAAUCUUUGAUCUUUUCCCAAGCACAGAUCUUAUGCAACACCAGCUUUGUAGAUUAUUUUCAUAGCCUUUAUGAUGCAUUUGAAUAUUAUAAGGUUGAGAGAAAUACUGGAGUGUUCCUUUAAAGGUUCCUUUAAACAGUGAUGUGCUGUUUUCUUGUGUGUCCAACUGAGUCUUAUAUCUGUUGAGGUCAGAAAAAAUGUCAUGUGACUCCAAUGCACCAAUGCAUUUUUUUAAUUAUAAUUUGUUUUUGUGUGAAGGACUGUUUUUGUGGGAGCAAAAAUCGUAAAGGCAUUAUCCUUUAAAUUCCUAUGCUUGUACUUGUCUGCACAUAAUAAUAUUUCCCUCUGGAGUAUUUUAUAAUUGCCCAGGAUCCAAAUAGGAUGAAUAAGAGUUAAUUAUUUAAUUUUUUUCUACGAUGUGCUAUUAUUUUUAUUUGUACAAUUUUGUUAAAUGAAUGCAUUUGUUGUACUGCAUGUACAUGCUUUUGUUUGUAUUGCUACAAAAAAAAGAAUGAAAACAGAAAUAGCUUCUUUACAUGAGUCUAAAAAAAAUGCUAUUUUAUUUUCUUAUAAGUGAAAUAAUAACUGAAGUACUGUAGAGCAAUAUUUUUGUUAACAAGGCUGACAGAUGUGUUGAGUUCUUGUGUGAGGAAAAAACGAUACAGGCGCUCGUUCCAUAAGAGCAUGACACUGUUAAACUAACCGAGAAGAAGAGAAGACUUCUAGUGAUCAUGUACAGUAGUAACACUCUCCAUGUGUAAGCUAGAGAUUAGCAUGUGACUUGGCUUCUGAGCUUUGGAACGUUGUUGUAGUGGUGUAAAGUGUUCGAGGUGAAGGAGUACACCAGUGUUUUUUAACAUGUUCUGUGAAAAAUCAAUGUUACACAAUUUUCCAAUAACCCCACAUGUAGGCGAUCAGCAGUAUUCUUUAGCUUUAAUGGGACGUGUGUGUGUUCGGCCUACUGCAGUCUACUGAACAUACAGCUUUGAAAAAUAGAGACCACCUUAGUUUCUGAAUCAGUUUUUCAGAUUAAAGGUAUAUGUUUGAGUAAAAUGAACAUUUUUGUUUUAUUUUAUAAACUACAGACAAAAUUUCUUCCAAACUCAAUUUAGAGCAUUUAUUUGCAGAAAAUGAGAAAUGGCUGAAAUGACAAAAAAGAUGCAGAGCUUUCAGAUCUCAAAUAAUGCAAAGAAAACAAGUUCAUAUUCAUAAAGUUUUAGGAGUUCAGAAAACAAUAUUCGGUUGAAUAAACCUAAUUUUGAAUCACAGUUUUCAUGCAUCUUGGCAUGUUCUUCUCCACCAGUCUUACACACUGCUUUUGGUGUUCAAGCAGUUCAGCUUGGUUUGAUGUCUUGUGAUCAUCAAUCUUCCUCUUGAUUAUAUUCUAGAGGUUUUCAAUUUGGUAAAAUCAAAGAAACUUAUUAUUUCUAAGUGGUCUCUUAUUUUUCUCCAGAGCUGUAAUUCACAUCUUCCGAUAAGCACAGGCCAGUGUUCAACUACUCACAAGAUAACACCUCACAACUUAUAUACAGCUUAUAUGUGUGUGGGUGUUCCCAAGCCAUUCCCUGAGGUGGUAACACUUCAACAUUAAUUUGCAUACUAAAAUAUUAUUAUAAAAAAAUAAUAAUAAAAUAAAAUAGUGGUUUUACAUCAAUGUGUUAUUUAUAAGAUUAAGAUUUGGGAUGUUUAUACUAAUUGGCCACAUGUUAAAUAUCUGACUUUAUCUGACCUAAUUGUGGUGCAUUCCCUAUAUGAAAAAAGUACAACAUAAUGUACAUACAUUUUUGUUUUAUGUAACUGCUAUCCAGUUUUGCUAUUUUUCUCCAUUAUCUGAACCCUAUAGCUGGUCUGUACACUGUGUAAAUAAUCUGGAUAAUCUGUAUGAAUGAACCAGUAAGAAGAAGUGCUCUAAAAUUAAGGGGAAUGAACGCUUUUUUUUCUCCAUUAACUUUCAUUCUAAAUUAAAGACCAUGUUUACUGCAUUUAAACUAUAGUCAUUAUAGAAUGUUGAACUCUGCUGUACACUACAGACCAUGUUAAGAAACCCUGAGGUACUCCUUUAAUGAACUUUUUAUGAAGUUGGAGUAUUUAGUUUCCUUUACAAAGCAUUCAAUUUAAUGAGAAAUCUUGAUCAUCUGAGGAAGUAAACACAUUUAGCACGUUUUGGAAGAUGCUGUGUGUUAGAAAAUGUCCGCCAAUGCAAUUAUCAAUUAAAUAUGCUUAAAUUACAUAGAAUCAUUCGCUUAAACACAAAAUCCAGUCAUUUAAAAGCUAAACUCACCCACCAACCACAUCAGACAAAAAACCUAAAUGUGACCAAAUUUGAUCUCUACAUAUGCAUAAAAAUAUUUCAAUACAGAAACUUGAGAAUCUACAAAAAGAAAAAGUUGAAAUGUUGAUGGGGGGAAAAAAGAAAAGACAAAGAAUGCUGAAACAUAUCUGCUAGAGCUACUGCCACAAUGUUUCAUCAAUGCACUGUGAGAAACAUGUAUGUCUGUGGGACUUAAAUAGCCUUUUCUCCUGCAACCCUGAUUGUACCUUGUGAACCCACAAAUCUGGAUUUUUCAAAAAAAAAAAAAACAUUUUUAAUUUAUUUUUUUCAUUGUUUUUUAUUAAGUUGUAUUCAAUGGGGUCUCUACAUUACAUUACAUUGUAAUUCGUCCAUUUAUUUAACUUGAUUAUAUUAAAGAAGGAUGAUAUUUACUUCCAUUAUAAAAAUCUAUAUACAAGAUUCUUAGUUUAUUGAAAAAGUAAUAUAUUUUCUGACCGAUUCUGCGUUGGACACGAACUGGGUCAGAAAAGGUUAUCGAUUUGAGGCAGCAUUAUUUAGAUUAUUACUGUUUUAUUGUUUUUAGUAUUUUGUUUUUGACCCCAUACUUUAAUUUUGUAUCAAAUGUAAUAUCACAGUAUUGUCAUUUAUUUGUCUCUGCACAUCUGCAACAUCUGCUCUGAUGUUCCUUCAUGUUACUUUGUUCUAAAAGGAACGGUAGUAUGUGGUUUUGGAUAUAUAAAUAUAUAUUAUAAAUCAUGGCUUUUAUUUGGUUUUCAGAAAUGCAUUAAAUAUAUUGUAUAAUUGAUGGUUGAUUGUGAGGAUGCAAAUGACUAGAGCAUUAUUCUUUAAAAUAAUAAAAAAAUCUCAAUGUC